GCUGAAGCAGAAGCAGAAGGGUUACACACUCUCCAUUUGAUUGAUCAAAAUGUACACUUCGAGGAAGAAAAUUCACAAGGAUAAGGAUGCUGAGCCUACUGAAUUUGAGGAGACAGUAGCACAGUACUUGUUUGACUUAGAGAAUACCAACCAGGAUCUGAAAAGUGACUUGAAAGAUCUCUAUAUUAAUCAAGCAAUUCAAAUGGAUGUGGCUGGGAAUCGCAAGGCUGUAGUCAUCUACGUGCCUUACAGAUUGAGGAAGGCGUUCCGCAAGAUUCAUCUUCGACUUGUCAGAGAAUUGGAGAAGAAGUUUAGUGGGAAGGAUGUUGUCUUGGUUGCCACAAGAAGGAUCUUGCGGCCACCAAAGAAAGGCUCUGCUGUUCAGCGUCCCCGAACCCGCACUUUGACUGCUGUCCAUGAUGCCAUGCUGGAGGAUGUUGUGCAUCCUGCAGAGAUUGUUGGUAAACGGGUCAGAUAUCGAAUUGAUGGGUCAAAAAUCAUCAAGGUUUUCUUGGACCCUAAGGAGCGCAAUAACACCGAGUACAAGCUGGAGACUUUUUCUGGAGUUUACAGGAAGCUUACUGGAAAGGAUGUAGUAUUUGAGUAUCCUAUGACAGAAGCCUGAAUGCUUCUUGGUUAAAUGGAGUAUUUUUUUCAUGCAGAUUUGUCUGUUAGAAUUACAUAUUUUGUUUAACAAUAUCCAAAAUUUUGACUUCUGGAAUUUUGUUUGAUGCUUCUUCACCUUGAUGACAUUAAAAUUAUUA